AGAGCAGUGUGUGAAACGCUUUUAACAUGUGAGCAUUACAAGGCAUUUCAUUCUGCAGCUCUGCAGUGUUUGCUUCUUUCCAUAACAGCUGGGAUGGAAUGCUACUGUUGGGGGAGUGAUUUUUGCCUGUGCUUUCCUAUAAACGGCCUCUCCGCUUUUGACUGUGCAGCACUCAAAACCUAUGAAACAAAAGAGGCAUUCCAGAGCAAAAACGAGCGAAUAUUAAUUAGUGCGUGAUGAUGAUUGAGAGAUCAAUCUUAAAGUGCUGAAUUUAUACCUUUGCAUGACGAAAGAAGGAAUUAUCAAGUGCUGUGAUCUGUGAGGUUUACAUUUAUUGUGACUAAUUUUACUGCAUUUUCCCACUCUUAGUGGAGAGAUUUGUGCUAACCAUUCACGUGUAAUGUUUUUUACAUUGUGAAUAUUUUUAACUCAGGAUCCUAUUAUUUGUUUUGAGGAAUAAUAAUUCUGUUUGCGGUUUUUGUCAUAGUCAAGUAAACAUCCUCUUCAUUUCUGCCAUGUGGGUCAUUUGGGAUUUAGUUGGCUGCAUUUCUCAGGGAGAACCCUUUUCUCUUGUGACCUGAGUCAUCACAUGUGAAUGAAACUCCUACCCAUCAAGCCACUGUGGAUUUGAUUGUUGCUGGUUUUGUAGACCGUGCUGGAUUUUUAUGCUUUACACAGGAGCUCAGUGAUGGAUUAAAACCGAUGACAGCGCUACAAUAAAUGAAAAAGCAAUUCGGCUCCAUGCGAAAUACCACACUUAUUUCAGUGUGUUGCAAGUGACUACAAUCAACAAACGGCUGACUAGUCUUUUAGCAACUGAUCUUUCAUUCUGUAGAAAAAUCAAUUUACCACUGAUUAUUUUUUACUAGACUACACACAUUUUUAUAGUUUAGCAGAUUCAUCCGUGUAGGUUGUUUCAUAAAUACCAUAGCAUCAUCAACUGGAUGCCUGUAUAUUAAUAUUAUUAGUUUGUAAACUUUUAUAUUCUAAUUUAUAUAAAGACUGUAUCGUUUAUUUAUAUGUAUCCAGUUAAAGCUGGUUAGUCUGUUAGUAAUAUAUAUAUUUUUAUUACUGAUCAAUCCUGAAUUUUAUAUAUAAUGCAAGUGGCGAACAGCACAUUCUACAAUUUUAUAUUUUUAGAAAAAUAAAUUCAGCACUGAAACGUCAACCAUAGCACAGGUAUAAACUUAUUUGGCAGCCUGCUAAUGCCUGACUUUGUUACAGAACACAUGGAUAAUAUAUUUAUUCCAAAUCUAAAUAAAACCAGCCGUGUAUGUAUUGUAGUUUUGGAGGAUGGGGACGAUGAUAUCCUUGAUUUUACUUCCAGGGUACCUCGACGAAAUACUUAUAAUUCAUCUUCUGAAAAUGUGAUGCCUCCUCUGGUUCAAGCAAUAUUUAAUGGGGACCCUGAUGAAGUUCGUGCACUUAUCUUCAAGAAGGAAGAUGUUAACUUCCAGGAUAACGAAAAAAGAACCCCACUUCAUGCUGCUGCAUACUUGGGUGAUGCUGAGAUAAUUGAGCUUCUUAUUUUAUCUGGAGCUAGAGUAAAUGCCAAAGACAGCAAAUGGUUAACACCUCUGCAUAGAGCUGUUGCAUCCCGCAGUGAGGAUGCAGUUCAAGUGUUGUUGAAACAUUCUGCUGAUGUCAAUGCCCGUGACAAAAACUGGCAGACCCCUCUACACAUAGCUGCAGCAAAUAAAGCUGUAAAGUGUGCAGAAGCUCUGGUGCCUUUACUUAGUAAUGUAAAUGUAUCAGACCGGGCAGGGAGAACAGCAUUACACCAUGCAGCCUUCAGUGGCCAUGUUGAGAUGGUCAGUUUACUUCUCUCUCGAGGUGCCAACAUCAAUGCAUUUGACAAGAAAGAUAGACGGGCAAUACAUUGGGCUGCAUAUAUGGGUCACAUUGAAGUUGUUAAAUUACUUGUGAGUCAUGCAGCUGAAGUAACAUGUAAAGACAAGAAAUCCUAUACACCACUGCAUGCAGCAGCCUCUAGCGGGAUGAUCAGCGUAGUGAAAUAUCUUCUAGACAUGGGAGUUGAUAUGAAUGAAUCUAAUGCUUAUGGGAACACACCCCUUCACGUGGCCUGCUACAACGGGCAAGAUGUUGUUGUCAAUGAGCUUAUAGAUUGUGGUGCUAAUGUGAACCAAGUAAAUGAGAGGGGAUUCACUCCUUUACACUUUGCUGCAGCAUCAACACACGGAGCACUUUGUUUGGAGCUUCUUGUCUGUAAUGGAGCAGAUGUCAACAUUAAGAGUAAAGAUGGGAAAACCCCUCUUCAUAUGACUGCUAUUCAUGGCCGAUUUUCCAGAUCGCAAACAAUUAUACAGAAUGGGGCAGAAAUUGAUUGUGAAGAUAAGAAUGGAAAUACCCCAUUACACAUUGCUGCCAGAUAUGGUCAUGAGCUCCUCAUUAACACUCUAAUUUCCAGUGGAGCUGAUACUGCAAAAAGAGGCAUCCACGGAAUGUUUCCUCUCCACCUGGCUGCUUUGAGUGGAUUUUCAGAUUGCUGCAGAAAACUCCUGUCUUCAGGUUUCGACAUUGAUACCCCAGAUGAUUUUGGCAGGACGUGUCUUCAUGCAGCUGCAGCUGGAGGGAACUUGGAGUGCCUAAACUUGUUGUUAAACACUGGUGCAGACUUCAACAAAAAAGACAAGUUUGGAAGAACUCCACUUCACUAUGCUGCUGCCAAUUGUAAUUAUCAGUGCCUCUUUGCACUUGUGGGAUCUGGAGCUAGUGUGAAUGACCUUGAUGAAAGGGGAUGUUCACCACUUCAUUAUGCUGCAGCUUCAGAUACUGAUGGCAAGUGCCUGGAAUAUUUACUCAGAAAUGAUGCAAACCCAGGGAUUCGAGACAGGCAAGGUUACAAUGCCGUUCAUUAUGCAGCUGCUUAUGGACACCGUUUAUGUCUUGAACUGAUUGCAAGAGAAACACCUUUAGAUGUUCUCAUGGAAACUUCAGGUAAUGAUUUGUUGAAUGACGCAGACAACCGGGCACCAAUUAGUCCUUUGCAUUUAGCUGCUUACCAUGGCCACCACCAAGCAAUGGAAGUACUGGUGCAGUCUUUAGUAGACCUUGAUGUAAGAAACAGCAGUGGGAGGACAGCUUUGGAUCUUGCCGCUUUCAAAGGACAUGUCGAAUGUGUAGAUGUUCUUAUUAACCAAGGUGCAUCAAUAUUAGUGAAGGACUAUGUUGUUAAAAGAACCCCAAUUCAUUCUGCAGCUACCAAUGGCCAUUCAGAAUGUUUGAGGCUUCUCAUAGGAAAUUCAGAUGUUCAUACAGCUGUGGAUAUUCCUGAUGGAAAUGGACAAACACCCUUGAUGCUGUCUGUCCUUAAUGGGCAUACCGAAUGUGUCUAUUCACUGCUUAAUAAAGGAGCCAACGUAGAUGCCAAAGAUAAAUGGGGACGGACAGCGCUGCAUAGAGGGGCAGUUACUGGUCACGAGGAGUGUGUAGAAGCUUUGCUGCAGCACAGUGCUAACUUCAUGUUACGAGACUGCAGAGGCCGGACGCCUAUUCAUUUGGCGGCAGCCUGUGGUCAUAUAGGAGUUCUGGGCGCUCUCCUGCAGACUGCACUAUCAGUAGAUGUUGUUCCAGCAAUAUCAGACAAUCAUGGGUACACAUCUCUUCACUGGGCCUGCUAUAAUGGCCAUGACACAUGUGUAGAGCUGUUGCUGGAGCAAGAAGUUUUUCAGAAAAUGGAAGGAAAUUCUUUCAGUCCUUUGCACUGUGCUGUUAUUAACGACAAUGAAGGAGCUGCAGAAAUGUUAAUAGACACAUUAGGUACCAGCAUUGUGAACUGCGUGGAUACAAAAGGAAGGACACCUCUUCAUGCUGCAGCUUUUACAGACCAUGUUGAAUGUUUACAACUCUUGCUCAGCCACAAUGCUCAAGUAAAUGCUUUAGAUUCCUCUGGCAAAACACCACUAAUGAUGGCUGCUGAAAAUGGGCAAACAAAUGCAGUAGAGGUGUUAGUAAGCAGCGCUAAAGCAGAUCUGACGUUGCAAGAUAACAGCAAAAAUACUGCACUACAUUUAGCAUGCAGCAAGGGUCAUGAAACUAGUGCCUUGUUAAUAUUAGAACGGAUCGUAGACCGAAACCUCAUCAAUGCAACAAAUUCAGGUUUGCAAACACCUCUACAUGUAGCAGCUCGAAAUGGACUGACAGUAGUAGUACAGGAACUUCUAGGAAAGGGGGCCAGUGUGUUAGCUGUGGAUGAAAAUGGCUACACACCAGCAUUGGCUUGUGCACCUAAUAAGGAUGUCGCUGACUGCUUGGCUCUCAUUUUGGCUACAAUGAUGCCAGUAUCCUCUAGCAACACAUUGCCAUCUAUGACAUUAAAUGCUAUUAACCACUACACAAACUCCUCAAAGACUGUCACUUUUGACUCUUUACCCAUUAUGAGAAGUGAACACAGCUCUUACUGCAGUUUUAACAAUAUCAACAGGGAAGAUGGAUAUCCAUAUGCAGAAGAAGAUGAGCUCAAUGAUUCGGACUCAGAGACAUAUUGAACAGCCCACAUUUUACUCGGUUCCUACAUGGACAAAAAUAAAUUCUAUUUCUGUGCUGCCAGAUAUGCAAAGGAUAAUUUGUCAAGAUUUCAAGCAAACAGAAAGUCUGUUUCUUUUUCUACACUUUUUUUCCUUUUUAAAUUAUACUCUGAUUUGUUAAAUGAAGAGUUUUAAUCUGCCCAGUACUUUACAUGAGAAGCUCUAGUUUCUAACCCUCCACUUCACUUGAUUUGUUUAGUUUUCUUCUUUUUUUUAAGGAAAACUUAUUGGAAUAUGAAAACAUUAAUUAGUUAUUGCAGUUUAAUAUUUUAUUGUAUGUCGUUUCAUUUUUUUACGGCAGGUGGCAAGUUCAGUUCAAUGGAAAAUGUGUACCAACUGUGUAUAGCAAAAAAAAAAGUGACGCACACAAAUUUAAAAAAAUUAAUUAAAUAAUUUAUGGCAAUAAAUUAAUUUGGUGCAGCAGACUGUGUAUAUACAUCAGUUUGCCAAAUAACUUUAAAAAAAAAUAGAGAAAUUGAACAGAUACAAAAUAAUUUUUCUGAUGAGCCCAAUCUUCAGGUCCUGUCAUAAUUAAUUUUUUUUUUAACAGGGCCUUUCAUCUAAAAGGAAACUCUGUAUACAGAUAAUAUCAUUGUUUUUGAGGGGUAAAAAUGUUUGACCAUCGUUAAUCUUUACGCAUUAAUAUUGUUUAUUAGAAUUUCCAUAGUAAGAAAAAGGAUCAUAAAAUUGCUGCACAGUUUUUAGAUUUUUAACACUUUUAAAUUUUAAUUGACACUGUUUUUUCCUCUUUAAUAAAUGCAUUUGUCAGGAUUUUUUCACGUUUAAUAUUAGAAAACACCAGUUGAAAAUUAAUGUGGUUUAUAGGCAGUGACAUACUUAUGAAAUACAAACGUUGUACUGCAAAAACAAAGGAUUUGUGCAUUUAUGAUCUGUGGAACAAGACGUUUUGUGCUUUGAAAGAACAUGGCAUACACAAACACAUUUCAUUAUACAUUUCUACUCUACACUAAUCUUCAAUGUGGAAUUCAAAUUUUUAUCUUUAUUCAUUGACUUUAUGGUUUCACUUGGGAAAAUGCAUAAAUCCUCAUUUCCAUUUCAAACUUGUGUAACAAACCAGCAUUCUUCUGAAUUUUAAAUAUAUUAUUGCAUUUUUAUUUGAUCAAUGCCUAGCAAAACGGGUCUAAGCACAUUUUCUAGAUCAAAGUCUACCAACCUACAGGAGUAGCCCGUUGCAUUCCCAUGGGUGAAUUAUUUGGUAGAUUUUGUUUCUUAUUGUAUUCUUUAUUUUAUUCUUGAAAAACCAUGCUCUUCCCAUUUAUAAGGGACAGACACUAAUAUUUAAAGAGAGAUUUCUAUUACAAUUUAAAAUAAAACAUGCAGGUCCCAUGUGUUUUAUAGUGCAGAUGAAAAUCAUUUUGUUCUAUUUAUAACCACGUUUCUGUAUUCAUAAUAUAUGUUUCUUGUGAAGCAGAAUGCCUGCUUAUUUUUGUUGGUAUAAAUGGAUUUAAUUAUUCUUAAGCUGCUGUGAAAUUCACAAAAAAGUGUAGGAUUUGCAAGCAGACAAGGUAGUAAAGACCUUCUAUUCGUCUUUGAGAUACAUCUUUUACCAUGAUUCUGCUUAAACUGUUUUUAGCUGUUAUUUUUCAAUUAAACACUCUAGAAUCUAGACUUGUCUAGAAAAUACAGAUUAUCUGCUAUAAAUAAAUCAAUCCUAUUUUUUUUAUUGUGAAACUGGAAACAUUUUAAAUUGUAAAUGAUCUGCAAGUUUUCUGAACAGUAUGAAAACAGGACAGUAUUUUGAUCUAUUUGAUAAUUUUGUGAGUUUUUUAAAGACUAUAUUGGCAUGUACAUAGAGAAUAGUGACUGCUUGGAUACUGUAUUUACCUGCACUCUUUGAGUACCUUGAAAUUCCUGUAUAUUUUAUGGAGUAUAAUAAAAAUGUGACUUAUGUUUAAAUA